GAGAAAUAAAAGCUGUUUCAGAACCGAGCAGAAGCAGAAGCAGAAGCAGCAGCAGCGACAUGGAGGCGCAGGAGAGGGAGAAGCCGCUGGUUAAAGACUUGAACGAACAUAUCGUGUGUCCUCUGUGCAGAGGCUACCUCAUAGAUGCAACGACACUCGUGGAAUGUCUACACUCUUUUUGCAGAGGCUGCAUAGUGAGACGACUGAGCAGCGGUGCCAGAGCGUGUCCAGUGUGCAAUGUCGCAACGUCUCCGCCACUCUUGCCGGACGUGAAAUUGCAACGACUCGUGUACCUCGUGGUACCGGGCCUCUUCCGGUCGGAACUCGAACGAAGGCGCCACUUCCGGCUGGUUAACCCACAAUGCCCGCCGCUGGCCCUUCCCUUGGGUGCUCUGGAUUUAACCUUGGACGAUUUCGUCAGCUUGAGUUUGUGCGAGCUCGACGAACCGGAAGUAGAAGAAGUAGAAGAGGCGCACGAACCGGAAAACCGUGGGUCACGGCAUCGAAGCAACGCCGACCAGACGAAACAGGGGGGCACGUUUCGUGUUAGGAAUACGAGAUAUCUGAAAUGUCCGGCAGGAGUGACAGUCCGACACCUGGUGCGUCUGUUAAUGCUGAAGAGAGGAUGGGGGGAGGCGAAUUUUCAAGGAGCAAACGCCAACAGGAUCGAGAUGCUGUGCGAGAAGAACAACGAGCUGGUUACUCCUUUGAUUCUGGACCAAUCUUGGACUCUACUGGACCUCGCCUGUAUAUUCGGCUGGAAGAGAGAGGCACCCAUGAAACUGUACUAUCGCGUGGUAAGGAAGGACGACGCUGUCUCUGUCUCGAGAAUCAGCCCUUACAACGACGACGACUCCGCCAAGGAUACCACGACCAUGGAAAAUAUUCAGAGGCCGCCGACACCACCGCCGAGUCCUAAACCCGCCCAAGAAUGCGAAGUCGAGGCUCGUAGGAUUUUAGAAAGUAGCACAGAGCCACCUCGAUCUUUGGAGAGCAACCUGGAGCGCGACAAGGAACCGAAAACGAAGAAACCCCGGUGCGAGGUGACUCCUGUGAUGAGGACUCCCGAUCUCGUGCCGAUACAGACCACUCACGCACCGGAGAGUUCGAAAACUAAAGAGCUGGCAAGAUUGGAGCAUCGUAAACGUAGGAAACGGCGAAACAAGAGAGUGAUCGCUGAAAUAACCACCACACCGAGGGAGGAUUUGUUGAAAUUGAAGGUUCGAUUGACGCCAUGUCCACCGAGGAUCACAUCGAGCACUGGAAGUGGCCAGACCAAGGAGAAACUGCUACAGAUGAGAGCAGUUAGAAGAGAGAAGAUCAAAGCCACGACGAUAAGCCAGCAACGCUCGUCUGGCGUCUUGGUUCGAGAAGAGGGCGCCAGUUCAAAGGAGAAUAUUGGUGAAACAGACGAAACCAUAGAAGAAAUUAUAGAUAGCAUACCCGACGAGGUUGUAAGAAUCGCACAAAAUAUAACCACUCAAGGAGAAGAGGCGUCUGCGUCGGUGGAAAGGGUCGAUCAGAAGAACGCGGCUUCCAGUUGCAGAUCCACGCCUAAGAAAGACGAAGCUGAACCGGAAGGUGCGAAAACAACGGAGCAAGCUGACGCAGAACGUCCUAAGAGAGACGAAGAGAUCCUACGACGAUUGGGACUGGUGGCAGUGAACGAAGCCGGCGAUAAAACGAAGCAACGUGUCCAAAGUAGCGGAGAAAAGACCGACAAUUUGGACAGAGAGAAGCUCGAGAAGCAACUACGCGAGAGCAAGGCCAACAGAGUGAGAAGUUUACUAGCCGAGAAGCAAAUGCGUGACGCGUUGAAGAGCAUAAUGUCAAAGACAAAAGAGGAUCAUCCUACAACCGCACAGGUGACCACUCCACCGAAGAAGAAAGGUCCUCCGCCAUUGGCGCCGCUACGUGUCGCAAAGCCUUCCGGUUUCGCCACGUCCAGCGCCAUUUUGGAACCGAACAAUUCGAAAUACGAGAUCCCGCUGGACCUGAGCAGCGGCGGAACCGUUCACAAUAACGUUCUCGACUUAUCGGCCAACCUGUUGACCAGCAAUUUCAUCUCCACCUCGCCCUCCUCGUCCUCGUCCUCGUCGCCCUCCUCCUCUUCGUCGUCGUCGUCCUCUUCGCCCUGUUUGGUGCCCUUGUUAAAUCCAAGAACAUCACGAACCGCGCUCACCUCCGGAGGACUGUUAAGAGGAAACGCGAAAGACUUGGAGCAACGACGAGGUCAAGAUUCCAAUCUGGUGACACUUUCUGACGCUGCUGUGUCCCUGCUAAGUGGCUGCAUCACAGACAAGAACUCGGUCGAUCCUUUGGUGCUCAGCUCGGCCAAUCUCGCGAGCAAAGUGGCUCUUCGAAUACCGCAACCUCAUCAAAGAAUCUCCGGUUUUGGAAUGAAAAUCAAACCGAACCUAAGCAUCCGGCAUAUCCCGAAUCCUCAGGCGGUGGUCGCCUCUCAGUACAGGAAUCAAAGAGUUAGUUACUUCAACACAGCCUCGCAACAGCCACCGUAAGAAAAGAAACACCAUCAGAGGAUCGCUCUGUCCCUAUAUCCUCCACACCUAACUUCCUAACUAUUGAUAAUUCUUAACGCUAUCGAGUGGAAACGGAGAUUCCUAUGUGACCAACCC